AUGACAUGGCUGCGCCCAGGCAGUGUAGGAUAAUGGACUGAACGAAGCAUAUUCGGUAGGCUAUAGAAGGAAAAUUAGGCAUUAAUAACGAACAACAGAUGCUACCAGAAAGGGGGUUUAGCAUAUACACGCAAGUGCAAGGGAUUUCGCUUCGUGUAUAGCACAGUAUGCUUUCUAGUGUGAUUCAAUCAAGUCUGUUUAGAUACAGCAAGACAACAGACAACAUAGCCCACCUUGGUAAAGUUCACAAUCAUUAACGUUAGCUGCUACAGUGUGGGUCUGCAGGCAGCUCAAAGAUGUCAAGUCAAGAACCAGUAACCUUACAAAAAACACCGAAAGGCGUAUUUGUCGAUGCUCUUUUGAAGAAAUUUGAAAAGCUUUCGGACACUGACAGAAACUUGUUUUCAUACGGACCCCUGUAUUUGGGGGGCAAUGCGGCCUUUGCUGGAUUAAUAGCAAACAGUUUCUUUCGGCGUGCACUCAAUGUCACACAAGGGCGCAUAGUAUCCAGUCUUCCCAUGGCUACCUUACCCUUUCUGACCACUGUGGCACUGUACAACGCAACUGUUUCAAACCCCUUAAUUUUGGGAGAUCUUAACUGCCCUACGUGUGCGGUGAUCAGAGGUGCUAUGGUUGGAGUGGUGGGCGGUGGCGUCUAUCCUCUUCUUUUGGCCCUACCCGUCAAUGCAGGGCUUGCAGCCAGAUACAACACAGCACCUAUGCCAGAGAAGGGAAAUGUCAUGCGAUUUUGGAUGAUUGUCGGUCGCCCCAUAGCGAGAAAAAUGGCCUUUGUAUUUGUGUUGCAAGGCUUUUUCGGGACCUACCUUGCUUCCAAGCAUUUUGACAUUUAUGUCAAAUUGUUAAAACUUGUAGACAUGGAUCAUGAAGACCUCCACGAUUAGGGUUUCUCUGUCAUUUUUGUACAGAAAUUAAACUGGCAAGUCUUUUUAAA